AACUAGCACUGAUGAAACCAAUAUAAAUUACCCUUUGAAGAACCACAAACUCCAUCAGACUUGAAAAGCAUUUGUGCAAAUGGAGUUAGAAAUGAUUUCUGGUUUUCUGGGAAUCCUAAGAGAUGCUUACAAAACCUUCUGCAAAAAUGUGAAGCUUAUGCUCUCAGUCGCUCUACUCACUCUGUCAUUCAACUCUAUCAUUUACUUGUCCAACUUCGUCUCCAUUAUGCCUUUAACCAGUGAUUUCUUCAAUAAGCAGACCUUGCUACCUACUACGACUCCCGGUAGCCCCGAAUUUGCCUCCCUACUCCUAAGCAUUCAACAAGACCUUCGGAUCUUCGUUGGAGUGGAAUGGAUUUUCCUCAUUAUCAACUUCAUCUCUGCUUUAUUCAUUACCACAGUCGUGAUCUUUGCAUCGGCCUAUAUGCAUAACGGGAAGGCCUUGUCGUUCAAGGAAUUGUUGUUGAAAACAUUGAAAGCAUGGAAAAGGCCAUUGGUGACUUGGUUUUAUGUGACUCUUCUUGCUUCUGGAUUCUUGAUCGUUUUCAUUAUCAUCCUGAUUCCUGUAUUCCUAGUCAUGGAUAGUCCAUUUAAACCAUCUAUUGUUUCGAUCGUGCUCAUCGUUCUAGUCGCGGUUCUUUACACUUACCUAGCUGUGGUGUGGACAUUAGCACUUGUGGUUUCAGUUCUUGAAGACAAGCGUGGGAUUGAGGCACUUGGGAAGGCUGCACAGCUUGUUAAGGGAAUGAAGUUAGAGGGUUUUCUUCUAAACCUUGUCUUCACAAUCCUGUCAUCUGGUUUGUUACAAGGAUGUGCUGGUUCAUGACAUACACUGUGUUGUACUAUCGAUCCAAGAAAACACAUGGAGAAGGGAUUGACUUUCAGGGGAGCUUAGAAUAUGUUAAACUACCUACAACACCCCUUAUUGUCGACGAUAUGGCGUGAUCUUUGCUAGUUGCUACUCAGGGUUGGUUCUGAUUGUAUGGCUUUGAUAUAUGAAUGAGUCUGUAAACUUGAUCCCAUGUUCAUAAAUCUACAACAUAUAUAUGUAUAUACAUACCUAUAUAUGUGUGUGUGCAUAUAUGUACAAUCACUGGUUAUCAAUAUUUGAAAUAAAAAUCAUCAAGUAGAUUGAA